AUGGUGUGCGACGGACCGGACCCGCCUGAAAAUAACCCACAGGAGCUUGUUCCGCCCCCUAGACAUGAACUGGUGAUGAACGGCAACGGUGAUGACAGUGAUGAAGAACAUGAAUAUUUUGGAUACGAACCUUUGGCACAAGGACCCGAGGUGGCACAUUCAGAUCACGACAGCGAUGAUGACGUAGAGGAUGUUGAUAGUGCACCCGCACAUGACGUACCAAGUAUAGAGACAAUGGAGAAUGUUUUAACUAGAGAAGUUUGGAAUGCACCACGUGUUGCUGAUCCUAUACAGAUGGAUAAUGAGAGGGCACAGCAGGUUAUGAGAGCAAUGGCAAAUUUCGCACUACCACAGGAUUCAAUACCAGAAUGGGCUCAAAGCAUUAAUGAAGAGCAAUGGAAACAGUCACUCAAAGACAGGAUAGAUAAAUUGAAAAGCAGUAGCUAA